UGUGAAGAAAUACAUCACUUUUUUCAAGGGUCGAACUGGCUUGUUGCGAUCAUCGCUAAGCUGCUGAGAUCGGCUGGUAAGACGGAGGAGUCGGUGAGCAGUUUGAUGCCAGCACCGAUAGAACUGAGUCUGAAACCGAACGAGCCGCCCGGUUACGUCACACUCGCUGCCAAGUCCUCCCCUCGCAUCUUAAAGACCCUCCUCCCGAUCCGCUUCGCGCCGCGAGGGAUAUCCAAGCCGCAGAACAAGGUUAAAGUGCUGGUGAUGAUGAGAAACCCGAAGGACUCCGCGGUGUCAUAUUACCACUUCAGCAGGAAACUCGGUCCGCUGCUGGGAGUGGGAGAACCUCCGGCCUGGGAGGAGUACGCUCGGGCUUUUGUGGGCGGACAAAGUUAGUAAUAAAUAAAGAAAGAAAGAAACGAAUAACC